AUGCCUUCCCUGUCAUUAAGGGGGAACCUUUUAUUGAUAGUUUUUCUAGACCUUGCUUUCUAUGAUAUCUAUUUUCACUCAAAAACAUGCUCUAAUUUGCAAUCCAAGUGGUUUGACAUUAAAGUAAAAAUCCAAACCCAGUGUGAAAGCACCGACUAUUUUUGCUUCACAACCAAAAGAUUUUACGGUGAAUUUGGCCACAACUAUAAUUCAAUGCAAAAAAUCUCCAGAAGAUACAAGAGUAUCAUUGAUAAUGAACUGAAGGGUGUUAAAAACAUUACAAAUAUUAGAAAAGAGUACAGCCAGUGGAUUAAGUCAAAGGGGAAUACUAGAUAUUGGCUACAUAAGAUCGAAAAGGAGACUUUAUCAACCUUCCACAUUGAAGGUGCCGAAUAG